CACACACACCCGCACAGCCCCGGCUGCUGGCACCGAGGGAGAGACCAGAUGGGGAAACACUCUGCCUCUUAAUUGUCCUACAUCUCCAGGAGGGUGAAGAUUAGGGCUGCUGGAUUGAUGUUGAUUUGAGGGGGGUUUUUUCUCCCCCCCUCCCACGCAUCUCGAAGCCUCGGCUGCUCCCGGCGCCGCUCGCAUCCCGCUGCCCAGCGCCGCGGGGUGAAGGAAUUAAUCUCAUCUGCAUGCUUAACAGCCAUUCCAAGAGAAGAGAGGAGAAAAAGACAGUGGAUUUCCAGCAAAAGCUUGUGCCUCCCCUCCCUGGGCUGCUCUCUGCAUCCUUCCAGCUCCGUGCUGUGCCCACAGCCAAUGGCUCAGGGCUGCAGAGGAUCGAUCUCUGCCUGAGCUUCUGAGACAGAUUUGGAGCUGCAGGAUUAAUGGAGACACAAUGAAAGCUUAAGCAGCCACCAUGGAGGUGGCCAAUAGCAAAGACUUCCAGUGGAAGACCCUCGCCCCGCUCCCGAGCCGCAGGGUCUACUCGACCUUGGUGGAAGCUGGAGGGCAGGUGUUUGCCAUCGGGGGCUGUGAUGACAACGGUGUCCCCAUGGAUUGCUUCGAGGUCUACUCCCCUGAGGCUGACCAAUGGACCUCACUGCCCCCCAUGCCCACUGCCAGGGCAGGAGUGGCCGUGGCCAACUUGGGCAAGAGGAUCAUGGUGAUAGGAGGGGUCGGAGUGAAUCAGCUGCCGCUGAAGAUAGUGGAGAUGUACAACAUAGAUGAGGGCAAGUGGAAGAAGAGGAACUCGCUGAGAGAAGCAGCCAUGGGCAUCUCAGUGACAGCAAAAGAUUACAGAGUCUAUGCAGCUGGUGGGAUGGGAUCUGACCUGCGACCACACAACUACCUGCAGCACUAUGACAUGCUGAAGGACAUCUGGGUGUCCCUGGCAGCCAUGCCCACACCCAGGUACGCUGCCACAUCCUUCCUGAGAGGCACCAAGAUCUAUGUGCUGGGUGGAAGGCAAUCCAAGUAUGCUAUCAAUGCCUUCGAGGUCUUUGACACAGAGACCAGAUCAUGGACCAAGUUUCCCAACAUCCCCAACAAAAGAGCUUUCUCCAGCUUUGUGCCCACAGAAGACAAACUCUUCAGCCUCGGGGGGCUCCGGCAGGGCCGGCUCUACCGGCAGCCCAAGUUCAUGAGGACCGUGGACAUGUUUGACAUGGAGCAAGGUGGCUGGAUGAAGAUGGAACGUUCCUUCUACCUGAAGAAAAGACGAGCAGACUUUGUGGCUGGCUACCUGAAAGGCAGAGUUGUUGUGGCUGGAGGACUAGGAAACCAACCAACCAUCCUGGAGUCUGCAGAGGCCUUCCACCCCGAGAAGAACAAGUGGGAGAGCUUGCCCCCCAUGCCCACCCCGCGCUGCGCCUGCUCCAGCAUCGUGGUGCGGAACUGUCUGCUGGCCGUCGGUGGGGUGGCCCAGGGGCUCAGCAAUGCUGUGGAGGCCCUUUGCCUCUCUGAGCCCUGACUGGCUGCUGCCCCUUGCUGCUUCCAGCAGCAGUGCUGGUGGUACUGGGCAGCCCUAAGGCUGGUGUCUACACCCAGCCCUGCUCUGGAGCCAGGGCUGCUGGUCCUCUCCCUCCCAGGCACUGCUGUUCCAGCCCCAUGGAGGGAAGGAGCACUUUGGCCAGAGAUCCCCUCCAGUCAUCUUCAGAGCUUGGUGAGGAAACCCAGAUGAAGGAACUGCUCACAGUGUUGGUGUGUCAUGUCUCCUGCCAGCAGGAAGGAUGAUGGAGAUCAGGCCAUGGGCAAGUGUCUCCCUGCAGCCAUCCUGACCCACUCCCAAAGGCGACGGGUUUGGAGUGUCCAGCCAGGUCAGUGGUGAUUGAGGGAAACUGUUGUGGUGUUGCCCUCUUCAAGCAUUCUGGGACCUAUGUAUGCACAGAUCCCCUUGGCUUGCAACAAGGGAAACUCCUAACCUGCAGCCAGAUUCAGGGAAUCACUCUUUUGCCUUCGUAGCAAGGCUUUUCCUGCAAACCCACAGCAUCUGAUCAUCACUUUGCCAGGAGCUGGAGUGAGGGGCUGCCAAUGCUCCUGGGAGGGAUGAAUGCCCAAGGGACUGCUUUGGCUAGAAGGAAGACCUUUUUGGCACAGGACUAGCACAGAUACUGCAUUUCCUGGCUUUCAUGCAGAGGUGGCUUCGACCCACAGUGUUCCAACCCGAUUUUUAGCUCCUUUAAUGAUUUGAGAUCUACUGGUCAGCCCUGGGGAAAAAGGAGCUAAAAGUCAAUUCUGGUUCUGAGUGCUCUCAGCCCAGGGCUGGGCAGUGGCUUUGAUGAAGUGCCCAUCCACCACCUCCUCUUUGGUUUUGUUCUCCCUGGGCAGUUUGUGGGAAGGCUGUCUGAACU